UCUAAAAUCCUCAGUCACCAAGCCAUCCAUAAAAGUGCUAUGUAAAAUAGAGAAAUACUAAUUAAGCAACAACUUAUACAAAUUCAAGUGAAAAUAUAUUUUCCUACUGACAACUUUAUGCUUUUUUUUAUCCUCUUCCUCUGCAUUUUAGGGGUGGUUUGCAUCUUGGAUUUUUUUUAUUUGAUAACCCAGGGAACCUCAGCCCCACGUGCGCUUGAGCGACGUUUGCAUCUUCGAUUUGAGGGAUGGAUGAGGGCACAAAUCCAUGAUCAUUAUGGAUUUAAUAGAAAUUCAUUAAUUGCUCCAUCAUUUUUUGGAUCAAAUCCGUUGGGUCCUUGAAUUUUUAUGUCCAACUCCGAGUGUUUUCAUGAUCUUGUGAAUCCCAAGUGUAUGAUCUCGUGAAUCCCAAGUGUUGAUGGGAGAUUUGAAAUAUGCUAUAAAUCUGUGAUGAAAUUUUACACAUAUAUACUCAUGAAAUUUAAUAUGUCAAGGUUGCACUUACUUUUAGAUAUUUUACAUUAUAAUUAAUCAAUUAAUUAAUAAUAAAUCAAUAAUACAAUUAUUUAAUUAAUCCGUGAAUAUGAGUAAGAUUUUUUAUGCCCUUUCUUGUGUUCUAAUAUUUUCCUUCUUGCUAUUACUAAAUUGGUAUCACCUUUUAUAAAAAAAUUGAUAAUUGAUAUAUUUUACGUUAAAAUUAAACGAAAUUUCUCUGGUUAUACAACUUUUGACGUAAAAUAAAACUCUUGUUUAUUAUUAUUAUUAUUAUUAUUGUACUUGCGGUAACAUUAUGAUUAUUUGUACAUAUUCUCCUUAUUUGUGUACAUAUGAUAAACAUGGCAGACAAAUAAAAAAUGAUAAUAAGGUACUUUUGAACUUUAAGUUCUACAUCUCAAACCCAUAAAUUUAUGAUCAAAACAUCUCAGCAAACAAAUGGUUGUUGGAAAUUUAUAUAUAAUACCUAAAAUCAUUGAUAAAUCAUUUAAUUUUUAAAUCACAAAACCCUCAUUUUUAAUUGCAUGAAACAAAUGCUAAGUUCUUUCUGGUGUUCAACUCCACAUCUCCUGCCCUAUCGUUGCCCUUAGUUCAUCCUUGUGGCAUCCAUCAAAUAUCUUCGGUUGCAGCACCAAUCGUCACCCCCAUAAUCUGCCAGACUUGUAGCUUCAAUUGGCAACAUGGUUGUACACAAUCUGCAGGCACAUGAACGUCAUUGCGGGCAAUGCCUCAAAGAACCAAUAACGACAUUCCAAAUAAAAUGCCCAAGCCUAGACUGGGAUUUGGGAUCUCCAAACUACUUGGGAGAACAUUCAACCUAUCAACUCACCAAAAUGUUAUACUGCAGCCUUAAAUUAUAAAAACGAAAAAUAUGAGAAUGUUAAUUUGUAUUGAAACUCUAAGCAGACAACUCUUACUUCAAAAUCGUGUGAAGCAAAGUUCAAAGCCUCACAAAAACUCUUAGUCUGCAGAUGUCCAAUUGCGUACAUUGGAAUGGUUAACACUUCAACUUGAUUCUUGCGAGAUCAAUAGCAGUGAAUUGAAAGACAAUACAUAUCAUAGGCCAAUUAUAUCAGUCAAUUACAACUUUUAGUCUAGAAGAAUCAAAUAGCAUUUAACUAAACGAUCUAGCUAGUAGAAUCGUGCACAAUCGGCCUCUUGUUAAUGAUGUGAAUGUAGUAACAGUACCAUCAUUGGUGAUAUGCAACAGAUCAAACAAAAAAGGGGGAAGACAUGAACAUGCGACAUGAUUUGUUACCUUAUUGACAGAGUUGCUGAGCAGGUUAUUGAACUAUAAAUCAAGUUUUCUUCAGUAGUAAAUUGAGAAAUCGCACCGCUUGUGAGGGAGGAAGUGUGGGUCUUGUGGUGGCUCGAUUGGCACCGGGGCAGAAUAGAAGGGUGUAUUGGAGAAGGAAAGGGAAACAAAAUCUCCACAUCCACAACACGGCCUGCCGGAUUUAGGGGACACGAAAGACAGGCUCCGAGUUUGUGCUCGAGUUGGGCGGUGAGGUUAGAUUUCCGGCCGGCCGCCGACAGCGAGAGAGUUGGCGGACAUGAAAGACAAGAAGAGAGAGACAGCUGCGAUGUUGAAAUUACGGCCGCCAGCGAGAGAGGCGGUGAGGUUUGGUCCGGCCGGCAGCGAGAGAGUUGGGGGACGCGAAAGACAGGCUCCGCGGUGAGGUUAUUUCACAGAGGCUGCGAGCGGUGAGUUUCGCUGCGAGGUUGUUUGGGCAGGCGGCGGCUGGAAGUUGGGGUUCGUUUGAGAGAGAUAGCAAGAGAGUCUCGGUCAGUCCGACAGCCCAAUCUGGCCCGAUGAGGGCGUUCAAGUUUGCAGGCGCGACAGGAUUGGGUUUUGAGGGAGGGCCCAGACAUUUUCUACCGGCGACCCAUCUCAAUCGAAUGAAAACGGAGUCAUUUUACCAAUUUGGCCUCCCGUGAACUGCGCAGAGCGCAGGAAAACAGGAAUUAAUGGUGCUGCGGGCUGGAAUCUCCUUAUUAUGUUGUUAGGAUGCAAAACAACGCCUAUAGGUAAUAUUAGAGUAUUUUUGUCACUACAGCACAACUCAUUACUUAUUCAUAAAUUGACAUAAAAUUAAUUUAUUAUGCUAUAAACGAAUUAUAAUUGCAAUAAAGACCUAAUUGGAUCUCUUUUAUCCUUAUGCCUAUUUGAUUUUUUCCCAACAACCCUGAAAUUGUCUAGCGACAGGCCGACAACUAGCGACAAAUCCACUAGUUUUGAUUCUACGAAUUACAACUGCAAAUGUAAAAAAAAAACAUUUUCAGCUUUGAGUUAUACUAAGAACAAGUUUCCAAGUCGAUUUGGCGACCAAUUUGUUAAUGCUAAUUUAGUGAGAUACAUUGAAAAAUACUUAUUUAAUAGUGUAGACGACGAAUGUUUCUGCGUUUCUUUCACAAUAUGAAAUCUCCGUGGUUGUUAAAAACAAUGAUUGUAUAAUCAGUUAUUUUUAAUCUAUGAAAGAAUUAUGCAGAUAUAAUUAUUUUUAAUUUUAAUUAAUUAAUUAUAUAUUUAUAUUUUAAAAAGACGACAGGGGUGAUGUGAAAUGCUGGCUCCACCACUACUUUACUCUCGAUGCAACAGAGCCGAAAUCGAACGAAGACUAUCGCGUAGCACAUACUCACAAAACAACAUUGAUUACUGCAAUUUACGGGGUAAGCUAUUCCGAAAUGGAGGAAACCUGACGCCAACAGCAAAAAUGCAGCAGCAGCAGCAAAUAGGUUAUUCGGAAUUUGCGUGCACGUGUCUGUUGUGCUUUGGUCACCAUUGAACCUUACUCCGUACAGCGUCUACAUUCAGUGGCACAGAGUCAAAUGAGUUCUUCUUCCCAUCCCAUGUCUUCGUAAAAUCGUCGUCGUCAUCAUCAUCAUCAUAAUCCAUCGCCCCUUUCUAACUAAAUCUGUUGUUCCUGUUCCUAUUCGCGCCAAUUAAUUUCUUGCGCACAAGAACUUCUAAUUUCCGGAACAUUAUCAUUCGAGAUCACAUCAAUUCAAAAGCCACAAGCAAAAUUUCAAACAAAUCCGAAAAGCCGCCUUUUCUCUGUCAACUCUCCUUUGCGCCACAAAUCUGGUUUUGUUUUGUGGGGAAGGAGCAGUUUCUUUGUCUUCUUCUUCUUCCGCGCUCCAUUGCGCCGCUAGUGCGCAUGGACUCAACCUACGCCUCGUCCAGCUACCCGGACCUCUCUUCCCCGGCCAUGCCCACCGCCGGGGGAGUCUCCCGGCCUGUCAAGAUCAUUCCUCUCCAGCAUCCCACCGCCGGCGCCGCUUCGUCUUCCUCCUCCUCGAAUUCUCCAGCCUCUCCGGCCGCUUUCUUCUCCGGUCUCGCCGCCAAAUGGAAGCGCCUCACCUUCCUGCAAUUCGUCGAAGGCCUCUUCCCUUGUUACCGUUGGAUUCGAACCUACAGGUGGCGCGACGACUUCCAGGUCGAUCUCGUCGCCGGCCUCACCAUCGGCAUCAUGCUCGUCCCUCAGGCUAUGUCUUAUGCAAAAUUAGCAGGGCUUGAACCAAUCUAUGGACUGUACACUGGCUUCGUCCCCAUCUUUGUGUAUGCAAUAUUCGGAUCAUCGCGGCAGCUGGCGAUUGGUCCAGUGGCCUUGGUUUCCCUCCUGGUGUCUAAUGUUCUCAGGGGAAUUGCUGGUUCUUCAGACGAGCUGUACACUGAACUCGCCGUAGUACUGGCGCUUAUGGUUGGAAUGCUGGAGUGCAUUAUGGGUCUUCUAAGGCUUGGAUGGCUUUUACGAUUCAUCAGCCACUCUGUUAUUUCUGGCUUCACAACUGCUUCAGCUGUUGUGAUUGGACUAUCACAAGCAAAGUAUUUCUUGGGAUACAACAUCACACAGAGUAGCAAGAUUGUGCCACUGAUUCAGAGCAUAAUAGCUGGUGCAGACCAGUUCUCGUGGCCUCCUUUCGUGAUGGGAUCUGGCAUACUUGCUGUACUCCUUAUUAUGAAGCAUUUGGGAAAAUCGAGGAAGCAAUUCAGAUUUCUUCGAGCUGCAGGACCCCUGACCGGUGUUGUUUUGGGGACCACUUUAGCAACAAUAUUUCAUCCUUCAUCUAUUUCAUUGAUAGGAGAGAUACCUCAAGGUCUCCCAAGUUUCUCCGUUCCAAAGAAUUUUGGAUAUGCAAAGUCUCUAAUACCCACAGCAUUUCUCAUUACUGGGGUAGCAAUAUUGGAAUCUGUUGGGAUUGCCAAAGCCUUGGCUGCAAAGAAUGGAUAUGAGCUCGAUUCAAGUCAGGAGUUGGUUGGUCUUGGUUUAGCCAAUAUCUUUGGCUCUUUCUUCUCCUCCUAUCCCUCAACAGGUUCAUUUUCUAGGUCAGCUGUUAGCAAUGAGAGUGGGGCAAAAACUGGCUUAUCCGGAAUCAUUACUGGGAUAGUUAUGGGCUGUGCUCUUUUAUUCCUGACUCCAUUAUUUGAGUUCAUACCACAGUGUGCCCUGGCUGCAAUAGUCGUUUCUGCUGUGAUUGGCCUGGUUGAGUAUGAGGAAGCAAUCUUCUUAUGGCGUAUCGAUAAGAAGGAUUUUCUUCUUUGGAUCAUUACUUGCACCACCACUUUGUUCCUGGGUAUCGAGAUUGGUGUUCUCAUUGGGGUUGGUGUCUCACUUGCUUUUGUCAUCCAUGAGUCUGCAAAUCCACAUAUCGCUGUCCUGGGGCGGCUUCCUGGCACCACUGUGUAUAGAAACGUUCAACAAUACCCGGAGGCAUACACAUACCAUGGAAUCGUGGUCGUUCGCAUUGAUGCCCCAAUAUAUUUUGCAAAUACAAGCUACAUAAAAGACAGACUGCGAGACUAUGAAGUUAACGUCGACAAGUCGCUCCGACGUGGACCAGAAGUCGAAAGAAUCUACUUUGUGAUUCUAGAGAUGUCACCUGUUACUCACAUCGACUCGAGUGCUGUCCAAGCUCUGAAGGACUUGCACCACGAGUACAAAUCACGAGAUAUCCAGAUAGCUAUUUCGAAUCCGAACCGAGAAGUUCUGCUGACGCUCUCAAAAGCUGGGGUCGUCGAGCUCAUUGGCAAGGAAUGGUGCUUCGUACGAGUGCAUGACGCGGUUCAGGUCUGCCUUCAGCAGGUUCAGAGCCUGCACCGAACUUCGUCGCCAGCAGCGGCCGAGUCGACGAACCCCAGUCUGUUCGAGAGGUUGUUGAAUCAGAGAGGGGAGGAUUUGUCGGUGGCCGAGUUAGAAUCUGGGCAGAGAAAACCAACUGGUUCGAGGAAUGGUGGCGACCCUAACUUGGAGGAGCCAUUGUUGUCGCAUAAGUUCACUCCUUGAAAAGGGUUAUAUAUAAUUCGCAGAAGAGCCAUUGUCGAAGGCAUUUGGCAAUUAGGUGUAGGGAUUGUAUUCUUUGUAAAGCAGGUGUUCAAUAUUUGCUACCGUGUAAAUUCGAUGAGUCAAACAUAAACAUUUUGGGUUUUGCUAUUUGCUUUCUCCUUGUAUUGUUUCGCAGAGACGAGAUCAAUGAGCACUACUACAACUUGGUGGGUAGCGGUAGAUUCGUGCUUUGAACUCGUAUUAGCCAAUGCAUCAAGCAGUAAUUUUCUACACUUGUUUUUAUGUUAUAUAUAAUCGCCUGCAUGUUACAGAUAACAGAUGGUUCAGUGAUUUUCUAGAUUGGUGCGUUGAAUUGUAUAUAGAACAUUUGGCAACCAAAUUUUUUUUUGGAAACAACAACAGGGCUGGGUUCUGAAUGCCUGCAAUUUUCAUAAGAUGGAAUGUCAAAAAUACCAAAUUAACUUAAAAUGGCGAAGGGGAAAUGAGGAACACGCAGCCUAACGAUGAAAUGUUACGUUACAUACCCUACUUCGAAUGGAAUAUGAACCUUAUCCCCGUUAAAUGUUACAUUACGUACCAACACCAUACUCGACCCAUAGUCUUAUAAUAUACUUUUCAAGAUCGAAGAAUCUUUCUCACAAUUCACCUUGAGAUUGUCAACCUGUAUGAAGGAACAUUCAACUCAAUCACCAAUAAGUACUAAACCUUGCCAGUUUUGACGAGUGAAAACUACUACAAAUAAACAAUAAGUUUUGCAAAUACUCCUCGCAUAAUUACUAAAAAGAUGAAACACGAGAUGAAAAAUGAUAAGUCACGUGGAUAUGAAAUAUCUAAUAUGAAGAAAACCACACCAAUGAUAAAGCAACCCAAUGCACACUUAGUAUAAUGAAUCAAUCAAUUAUAAACCCUAUCAUCAUAUCAUCCUAAACAUGUAACUCCUCCCAACAUCAAGAUUAUUAGCACAACGCCUAUCAACCCGAUCAAGGAACUGGGUUUUCGGGCGAGUUGAAUCGCAUGUCAACUCUGGAUGGCCCGUUUUAUACACAAGCACAAUAAAAUCUAUACUUCUCUGUCUUUUAAAAAUCUAUACAUAAUUCAAAAUUUCCUUCCUUCUCCUUCGAGUCUCCGAUAUGCUCUUUCUCUCUUACACCUCUGAUUGUGCCUCCUUCUCACCUCUACGAUAUGUUUUAUUCCCCCCAUUCUUUGAUCUCUUUUGUCGGUCGCCUUCUCCACUGUUGGAUUCAGGGGUGGCCACCCCGGGUCCCAGCCCAGCCCUCCUUUGAAUCCGUAGUUAGUAUUGUCCUUAUGAAAUUUAUGAUUUUAGACAUUUGACCCAGUGUUAUUUUAUGAUUAGAUUGAGUUUAACUAGAAAAAUUAUCAAGUUGAACAUAUUCAAAUCACUACUCUAAAUUUUGCCUACAAAUUUUAGCCCCAAAGAUUAUGGGUCUAAAAAAACAAUGAAACCUCAAAUGCUAAAAAGCUUAAAACGUAAAAUACUAAAAGAAAUAUGAGGUUUGUUCCCUUAAAAAUUUACUAGAGCAGCUGGUGUGCAUGGAUGGACACACAGUCACACAAUGCAAAUUGAUUAGUCGAUUGAUUUAUCUAGUGUUGAUGUUGCUCGUUUCAACAGCUACUACGAAGAGAACCUUUUCAAUAAUGAAACAUGUGAGAACUGAUUUGCUCAACAAAAUGAGCGAUGAAUUUCUCGCCGAUUGCUAAAGUAUUUUAUUUGAAAUAGUGUAUACUAUUGGUAUGGAUGUAGACUCCAUUAUUGAAACAUUUCCUAAAUUAAAAUACAGUCGUGUACAAUUUAUAAUUCAAGAAACGAUAAUCAUUAUAUUUUUUUUACGGUUCUAAUUUUAUAAUGAAAUGCGGCAUAGUAC